UAAUAACAGACGAAUUAUUGAAAUAAUUAACAAUUAAGCUAUUAAUUUCGACUGUAUGUAUAUAUAUAAACACUUGCUCAGUGCAAGAAAAAAUAUUUUUUUUGUAUUUACACGUGAUUCGUCUUUUUGAUUGGACAAUGAUGAAGUUUUUACUCUCAAAACUAUUUGUAUCAAUGUUCGUAUGCAAUACUGUAUUGUGCGACUCUUCAAAGCCUUUACUCUUGACACCGAUGUUGGGCCGAGGAGAAAUAUCCACUGCAAGAGACCUCAGUAAGGUUCAAGACCAAGAUGGCGUCAUACCGACAAGUUAUUCAGGGUUUAUUACAGUUGAUGAACUCAUUGGAAAUCAUUUAUUUUUUUGGUUUUUCCCAGCCACGAACUCUGACCCCAAUGCUCCACUGGUCAUCUGGCUAAAUGGUGGACCUGGUGUGUCAUCCGAAUUGGGUUUAUUUCAUGAGAACGGACCUUUAAAAUUUAGAGAAACAGAAAAUGGAGAAGUUGGAUAUGAAAGAAGAAACAAUUCUUGGGCCGAGACAUUUUCAAUGUUAUAUAUUGACAAUCCAGUUGGAGUUGGUUUUAGUUACAGUGACAAUGGAGAGGAAGGUUAUAGAUCAACACAAGAAGAGUACAUUAGGGAUCUUUAUGAGUUCAUUCAACAAUUUUAUGUCAUGUUCCCAGAAUACUUGCAAAGAGAACUCUACAUUGGCGGCCAAUCAUACGCCGGGAAAUAUGUUCCGGCAUUCGCUUACAGAAUACACGAAGAAAUUCAAGAUAAUAGAACCAACAUUCCAUUAACAGGAAUUUAUCUUGGAGGACCUUUAAUUGACCUUGAAGUACAAGGUCCUAUCCAAGCAGACUUAUUUUAUUCUUUAGGCUUUAUUUCUGCUAAACAAAAACAGGACUUUGAGAUACGUUCUAAAGAGUUCAUUCGUGACAUUGUUUCUGGGCAAAAGAAGUUUAAUGUUUUUCACGAUUUUGAAAAGGUGUUCUUGUUAGGUGUUUGCCCGGGCUGUUGGGAUAAUCUACGUCAAUUAAAGAACGCUCCUUAUGAAUCAGUCUUAAAGGUCAUGCUAUUGUUGCGCGAGCUAGUGCACGCUGGAAAUAAACCCUUCCGUGAUUUUAAUACGAAUGUUCUCGUUAAGUUAACUUCUGAUUACUUUGUCUCGACCACUGUUCAAUUUACAAAGCUGAUGGACAAUUACAAAGUUCUCGUGUUCGUUGGAAGCGAUGAUGGUGUUAUCAGCUCACCCUCUGUGGAAGCUCUUUUGACCUCUAUCCCAUGGUCAUUGCAGUCUGAGUAUAACGAUGCUAAAAGAUUAGUAUGGGCUGGCCUGGAAAAGAACGACGUCAAAGGCUUCUACACUCGUGUUGGUCAGUUCUGUAGAGUUACAGUCUUAGGGGCCGGACAUCAAGUGCCCUAUGACCAACCAGAAAACACUUUGAUAAUGAUGACCGAGUUUAUAAACAAUGGAUGUAUUAGUGAAAAUUAAGUUCCAUUUUGACAUUUUUAGUCAUACUUGUUAAGUGUUUGCUUUUUUACUUAAUAUUGUAAGUAACCCCUGCUGAGGAAAUAAGAGAUGAUAUCAAAUCACUGAAAAGAUCGACUGAAUGUACAUUCAAACUGGUAACAUUUGUACAUCAAAACAGGAUCUCUUCAAUCUUUUGUUCAUUUUUAGACUAGAUUUUAUUCAAUGCUCUAUUGCUCUUAUUUGUCUAAAUUAAAAAAUGAACACUUCUAAUAAACGCAAAGCUUGA